GUAGGGGGGGCAGUUUGACGCUUUAACUGGGGGUUUUAGUCGCUGUCCCAGUUUGUGGUUAUCAUGUUUUUUCCGUUAUUCACCGGGAACUAGCUGUUCGUCUCCCGCCAUGUUCUGGUUCAGCGACGUCGGGAGGAGGUGACGAGACCAGGCCGCCUUCCAGGUGCCCAUGAGCCAGGCAGCAGCAGCAGCAGCAGACCCCGGAACUCGCAGCGUUAGCAGCUAACGCUAGCUCGCUGUUUGUGUGACAGGCUGUUCCUGCUGUCAAACCAGAAACUCGCCCCCGCUGACAGAGCUUGUUUCCCCGCUGUUCUCUCCACGACGUCUCACCCCCCCUGCAGCUGAAGCUUCAACCCCUUCCCACCGCGGAGUCUCCGUCACUUUUCACCCACUUGUGGAGCCGGAGGAUGGCGUCGAGGGGAGGCUUCCCUGGUCCCCCGAUGAAUCCGGGUGUGAGCCCCAUGGGCGGCGGGCACCCAGCGGGCAUGAGGAUGGCCGGAAUGCAGCAGCAGGCUCCGGCGGGAUUCCCCCGGAGCAUGGGCGGCUCUGCCCACUACCUCCAGCGCCCAGGGAUGCCCCCCGGCAGGAUCGGGGGCCCCAUGGGGUCAAUGGGGAGCCAGCUGCCUGGUCCCUCUUAUGGGAACAUGCCCAUGCGGCCGGGCAUGGGGCCUCCGAGCAUGGACGCCUCGAGGAAGCGGUUCCUUCAUCAGCAUCAACAACACCAGCACCAGCAAGAGGCGCUGGGAGGAGGCCACAGACGAGGAGCAAAAAGACGCAAAAUGGCAGAUAAGGUUCUCCCGCAAAGGAUUAGAGACCUGGUCCCUGAAUCCCAGGCCUACAUGGACCUCUUGGCCUUUGAGAGGAAACUGGAUCAGACCAUUGCCCGGAAGCGCAUGGAGAUUCAGGAAGCCAUCAAGAAGCCUAUAAUGCAAAAACGCAAACUCAGGAUCUACAUUUCCAACACAUACACACCCAGCAAGCCCGAGGGUGAGGACGCAGAGAAGGUGUCGUCCUGGGAGCUGCGAGUGGAGGGAAAGCUUCUGGAGGAAACCGGCAAGCAGAAGAGGAAGUUCUCCUCUUUCUUCAAGAGCCUGGUGAUUGAGCUCGAGAAGGAGCUCUAUGGACCCGACAACCACUUAGUAGAGUGGCAUAGAAUGCCCACUACUCAGGAGACGGAUGGUUUCCAGGUUAAAAGACCUGGUGAUGUGAAUGUUAAAUGCACUCUUCUGCUCAUGCUCGACCACCAGCCCCCCCAGUACAAACUGGAUCCACGGCUGGCUCGUCUGCUGGGUGUGCACACGCAGACCCGGGCCAGCAUCAUGCAAGCCCUCUGGCUCUAUAUCAAGAACAACAAGCUGCAGGAUGGUCAUGAGAAGGAGUACAUCAACUGCAACCGCUAUUUCAGACAAAUCUUCAGUUGUCCUCGCAUGAGGUUCGCUGAGAUUCCCAUGAAACUGGCGGGCCUGCUGCAGCAUCCUGACCCCAUCAUCAUCAAUCAUGUCAUUAGUGUGGACCCCACAGAUCAGAAGAAGACAGCUUGCUAUGACAUAGAUGUGGAGGUGGACGAUCCACUCAAAGGCCAAAUGAACAGUUUCUUGUCCUCAACAACCAACCAACAGGAAAUUGCUUCUCUGGAGAUGAAGAUCCACGAGACCAUUGAGUACAUUAACCAGCUGAAGACAGAGAGAGACUUUAUGCUGAGCUUCAGCAAUAAACCACAGGACUUCAUCCAGGACUGGCUCAAGUCUCAGAGCAGAGAUCUGAAGGUGAUGACGGAUGUGACAGGAAACCCAGAGGAGGAGAGGAAGACGGAGUUCUACCAGGCGCCCUGGGUACCAGAGGCAGUGGGCAGAUACGUUUACUCCAAAGUGCAACAGAGGCGACAGGAGCUGGAGCAGGUGCUGGGGAUCCGACUCACCUAAAUAUUUACAUAUUCCAGAGGAGCCACAGCCAACUCGAUUUCACACUUCAAAUGUUAACCUUUUUCUUUUACAUUGGAAUUAGCUUCGGAAAGACACAAGCUAAUGUUGCAGCUUAAGUGUUCACUACGACAUCCUCGCCGACGUGAAAUGAGAAGUGGGAAUUUGUACAUGUUCCUUUUGUUGUUGCCAUUGAUACUCGUUUAAAAAGAAAGUUUAAGGGACUAAAGAGGUUAUUUCCAUGUCCUUAAUAACAUGUUUGCCUUGCAUUGUCUGUGAGAUUGAGCCUUUCAAAUACUCUUUGCCUUGUUUUGCAGUAUAUUUUCUCUAUGGUACAUUAUGCUUAGCACAUUGUAAGCAUUGCUGCUGUUGACGUGGUUUUCACCGUCACUUUGUCGCUAUUCUGAACGGGGCUCUGUUUACUUUCAUAUUUGAAAGCCAUAAUCUUUCGAUAGGAAGAAAAAAAACUGAUGUCUGGUAACAUCUCAGUAAAGAAGAAUUUGCAGACA